AUGAAGACUGCUAUUAUAUCCCUGCUGGCGAUCCUAGCCAAUCGGGUUUCAGCACACGCAACCUUCCAGGAUUUGUGGAUCGACGGAGUCGAUUUCGGCGGACAAUGUGCUCGACUUCCGCUGUCCAACUCGCCCGUCCAAGACGUCACUUCUAAUGAUGUUAGAUGCAACGCCAACGGCGGCCCAGUGGCUCGCAAGUGCGUAGUGAAGGCCGGAUCGUCCGUCGUAGUUGAGAUGCAUCAGCAACCCAACGACAGAACAUGCGCCCAAGAAGCCAUCGGAGGCGCACACUAUGGGCCCGUACUCGCCUACCUAACCAAGGUCUCCGACUCUUCGACCGCCGACGGCUCGACCGGCUGGUUCAAGAUCUACCAAGACGGGUGGGCCGCCAAAGCUGGCAGCGUAAACGGCGACGGCGACAACUGGGGAUCAAAGGACAUGAACACCUGCUGCGGCAAGGUCCAGGUCAAGAUCCCGUCUGACAUCCCGGCUGGAGACUACCUCCUCCGCGCCGAGUCCAUCGCCCUGCACGCGGCCGGCUCGAGCGGUGGCGCCCAGCUGUACAUGACAUGUUUCCAGCUCACCGUCACCGGCGGAGGCAGCUCCUCACCCGGGACCGUCUCGUUCCCUGGCGCGUACAAGGCUUCUGACGCUGGCUUGCUCGUCGACAUCCACAGGGCCUUGACCACCUACGCCGUCCCGGGCCCGACUGUGUACGCGGGAGGAUCGACCAAGAGCGCCGGAGCUGCGUGUGUUGGCUGCGAGUCGACUUGCACGGCGGGAUCUGGACCUACCGGAACGGCAUCGAGCGUGCCGCUGCCGACGGCCUCUGGCGGCUUGCCCGGCUGCACUGUUGCCAAGUAUGCUCAGUGCGGCGGCGAGGGGUAUACCGGCUGCACUACUUGCGUUUCCGGUUCAACGUGCCAAGCUGUUUCAGCUCCCUACUACUACCAAUGCGGUUAA